AAUCGUUCGACUAAGCUCAGCCACAACGCCUAGCCGGGAGAGGGUUAAACACAAGCGUUUCUAUAACAUUUCUGUUUCCAAUUUCAGUUUGGAUUUGCCGACGAACUGCAGCAGCCGCAGCCGCAGUAGCAGCAGCAGCAGCAGGAGCAGGAACAGCAGCAGGAGCAGCAGCCGCAACAAUCAAAAUGUCGCGUGGCUCAAGUCUGUUUCGCAUUGAACAAUAGCAGCAACAACAACAACUUCUACAACAACAACCACAAUAGACACACUCUGAGCGCUGUCAUGUCCCACUUGCUGAGGCGCACCAAGAAGUCCUGUCUCAAGCUGCUGCGCAAAAUAUCGACAUCAAAGCAACUAUUUGUGCAGCGACUGGAGGAUGAGGAGCAGGACGAGGAUGAGGAGGAGGAGGAGGCGAAGGCGGAGGCGGCAAAGGAGCGAGUGCAGCAGCAGAAGGAGGAGCCGCUGGGCUGCAACUGCAAUCCACUUACCAUAAAUGAUAAGCAAUACCCGUACCACAAUAAUCAACCACAGAGAUCCGUCCAAUCCCAGUGUGAAGAUGCCAGCGAGGCGUUCGUGGAGCAGCUGGAGGAAGAGCCUUCACAUCUAGAUAUACAAUUCGACUUGAUGCACUACAAGGAGAACGUGCGCUAUCUGCGGCACACGCCCUCCAAUUCCAGUCUCGAUCUGCAACGGGAUCGGGAGCAGGAGCAGCGUGGGUUCAGCUACAGUUUGGGCUCCCAGUUCGAUGGGCAGUAUCACAAUUUGAUAAUCAGAGAGCAGCCGCCGCACGACGACUAUCCCAUUGUCAAAUGGGACAUCAAUGGCAACUCCCUGGAGGAGGAGCAGGAUGAGGAGCAGCCAUUCGAUCUGCGCCAGCAUUGGGCCAACUUCGACAGCCGUUGGCGGCAGCUGCAGGCGCUGCCCAGUGGCAAGCGGCUGAGCAGCUCGAAUCAUUCCCAGAGAUCGAGUCAUCAUUCCAGCGCCUGCACCCUGGAAACUUGGAUCGAUGAUGCGGACGAGGCGCAAAUAUUACUACAAAGCAGCCAAAAGACGAAGAAGAAGCAGCAGCAGCAGCAGCAGCAGCAGCAGCAGCAGCAAAUCAGCAACAACAACUACAACAAUAACAACAACUAUAAUCAAUGCCUUAAGAGUUUCUAAAAAUGUUAACAGAAAUUUCCCUAAAAUGGAUUUUUCCCUGUCCCUCACAGAGUUUCCAUUUGUUUUUUCGAGAAUUAUACGAACUAUAUAUUGAAGC